AACCUUCUCAAAAAUAUCAAUCACACUGUUAUUUUAGUUUUUAAACAGGGGCUUGGCUUCCAUCCUUGACCUUGUAGUUGGAAUUGUCUCAGCAAUAUUGGAUGUAAUUUCCAGGCCAACAUGGUGGGGCCUAAACAUGGAAUUGGGAUCUAAGCUGCCAUUUUCCAGUGCAUAUUUCCCCUACAAGAACCACUUAUUGAGGAUGCUUGCUGGAGCACUCUCACUUGAAAAUUUUCUAAACUUAGUUCGUGCUACAUGUGGGCAGUUUUCUCAUGGGAGGAAACAUGCAAUGGAUGUUACAAGAACAGACCACAAGUCUCUCUGCAGGGCUUUGGUAAUUGACUUCCCAGAAUGGUUCUAUUUUGCUUCUUUUUUACUCUUUGCUGGGAAUAACCUCGAAGAAAGUCUUAUGUCAAAAUGUACAUUAGGGACACCUGAAAUGGGACAAAUGCGUGAUAAGGAAUCUCUGUCUUCUGCGGCAGCUAGGUAUAUUGCAUGGGUGCUGAGCCCCAUUAGUAAAUCUAAUCAGAAUUUGCUAGUUGAAUGUUUGACUAAAAUAUCAGAGUCUUGGACUCUCAAACGAUUUGGCUCGGGCACAGACGAUGAAGAAGCAGCUUACUGCAAGAAGAAACUUAAAAAACUCAAAAUUCAUGAUAAAAGAGAGGUCGAUGUUCCUGCAAAAGAAUAUGAUUGGCAAAAGAUGAGAACCUGGCUCAGGGAAACCCAAAACAUUUAUGUGAAAUAUACUGAGAGAAUUGCUUAUAAUUCUGCUUCUUGUGAAGCAAACGCAUCACAUGGCUUUAACCUGCAGCAAAAUGUGCUGUUAAGGAGAAUUUUGUUAGGUAUCUUGAUUGGGUUCCCUAAUUAUGUAACAGAGGAUGGAUGUGAAUUACUGCUACAUUAUGCUGCAACAGAUAGAAUAGUACAGCAAAGUGAAAUUACAUUUGCUGGAAUGAAACAUGGCAAAUGGAAUUCUGAAAGGCAUGAGGACUCGUCUACUUGGACUCUUGAAUGUAGCAAAAGAGAAGCUUCAGCAGGUGCUUGUCUUGUAUUCAGUUUAACUGAUAUUGUUGAGAAUAUAUCUGCUUCAUAUUUUGAAAUUGAGGAGAAAGGACUGGAUUUUGUUUACCAGGCGAAACUGAAAUCUGGGAAGUACUUGAUUAAGUGUGUAAAGAGGCUAAUAGAGCUGAACAUACAUGAAGAUGGGAUUUUGAUGUUGCAGGAUCUGCUAAAUAGAUUGGCGCGGUGGAGGCAUCAAGGGAGAGAAGUAUUGCUGUUUGAAAAUGAUAUGGAUGAUGUCAUCAAUAGCUUGAGUUGUAGAUCAUCUUCAUUAUCUGGAGAUUAGGGAGGAAUUACUGAUAUCUUCUUCUUUUAAGACAAUGUUAUUGUUGUUGUUAUACUAAUGUAUAAGCGCGCACGCACACACACGAGAGGGGGAGUCAACACACACAAACACAUGAGAGGGAGAGUCAGAGAGAGCUUCUUCUGUUGUUUCAUGCUAUAAAGAAUAGGAUGUAACAGAAUGCAAUUAAUUCUGAAAUGUUGCCAUUAAAUGUGAAAUUGGGAGAGGGGGGUGGGGGUUGGGGAAGGAAAAGGGGAAAAAAUAAAAAGAAAGUGGCAAUGGAUUCAUUUCUUUUCUUUUUUGGUACAAAUGGGAAGAACAAGUAGUAUUCUUUAUUAAUAUUAUUUUUUUCUUCAACUUAUUUUUGCAAUGUGAAGACAAUGAAAUAGCUUUUUGCUGGAACAUACAUGCACGAACAGGUUCCAGCAAGCUAAAGGUAAUCAAAGUACUGUAUAAUGUGAAGCUGUAUGACACAAAUGAUAGGUUGCCUAUGUGCAUAAAGCAUCUUCAUAUUCAGAUUUCCCCAAACUUUGUAGCACCUAUCGUACUUUAUUAUUGCCCUUUAACAGAAUUUAAACCAUAUCAGCUUCGCGAUAUGGCUUGUAUAAGCUUGAUGCAGCCUCAGAAAGACUCUUGAAAAGCUAAAUAUGUACUGAAGAUGAUCUUAACCAGAGACUUCAUUUGUUAUAUGAAUGGAUCUAUUGGUGUUUCAGCUGCACAGAGCCUCAACGGAUAGCUUUUUCGUGCUAGUUGGACACGGAUCUCCUCCAAAAACUUGAGGAGCUACACUUACUGAACAAGAAUGCUGGCCAACGCAUUUCUG